UUUGCUUUAUGGUGCGUCUUCUAGUCUUCUACAAAUAAGCAGUAUUUUAUAUCCACCCUUUUUUUUACAAUUAUCAAAAGUUUAUUCACAGAAAUGACUUCUAAAAGUGAAAAAGAUCGCGCUAAACAGAUCCAGGAUCGAUGUCAGAAUAUAUUAUUACAAUUGUUAAAGGAUGAAGAUAAUAAAUAUUGCGUUGAUUGUGACGCCAAGGGUCCCCGCUGGGCGUCAUGGAACCUUGGAAUAUUCCUGUGCAUCCGCUGCGCUGGUAUCCACCGUAACCUUGGUGUACAUAUCUCAAAGGUGAAGAGUGUCAAUCUAGACUCAUGGACUGCCGAACAAGUGGUAUAUCUUCAACAAAUGGGCAACUCUCGUGCCCGCGCCGUAUAUGAGGCUAAUUUACCUGAUUCCUUUCGAAGACCUCAAAAUGAUUCCUCAUUGGAAGCUUUUAUCAGAGCCAAGUAUGAACAGAAGAAGUACAUCGCGAAGGAAUGGGUGCCGCCAACUAUGCCUAAAGUUAACUGGGAUAAGGAAAUAGAUGAAGAAUUAGAAAAACAAAAACGUAAAAAGAGGGCAACAACUUCAGGCUUGGGACCUCUACCUGCGCCAUCGGCUGACAAGAAAUAUAACAAAUCUGAUGUCAUACCUAGUUUACCAAAACCUAAAUCGUCCGUGAGUCCAAAAUUAGGCAGAAAUACACCAACGCAUCAAACGGAUACCAGUAAAACUUCUAAUGGUUCAGCUGACCUACUUGGACUAGAGACGACAAAACCAGAGCCAAAGUCAUCUAACAACGACGAUAUAUUCUCAAGUUUCUUCUCAGCACCACAAGAAAAACCGGCAGAAACUAAACCUGAAGAGCAAAAAUCUGAUCUCAAAACGGAGGAAGAAAACUUCUUCAAACAAGCGGCACCUACAGAAAAGGAAAAAUCUAAACUAACAAAAGAUAGUAUAUUAGCAUUAUAUAGCCAAACACCGACUAACACUUUAGCGAAUCAAUUUAAUCUUUCUCAACAGGGUCAGCCGGGAAGUUCUCUAUUUUCAACAGUAUACCAACCACCAGCGUAUAAUAAUAUGGGUAUGCCAAAUGGUAUGCAGUCUUUCAACCAAUUUCAACCAAUGCCUAACCAAUUUCAACAACCAUUUCCAAGUCAAAUGCCACAGCAGCCUCUUCAAAAUGUCCAAGCGUUUCCCCAAAACCAGCAGUUUUUCAACACACAACCUACCCAACAUUUAGCUCAACAGUUUGGAAGUCUUAACUUAGGUCAGAAUUUCCCUAAUGCUUUCCCGCCGAACCCUAAUGUUGCAAGCAAUACAACUUGGCAAUAACUGUUCAAAAAAGUAACCAAGGUUUAUAUUUCGUUACGUGCGUUGUAAGUAACACAUUAUUGAGCGUUGUUGUUCUAUAUAACGACUGAUAUUUACGGAACACGUUAUAGAUAAUUAUUAUUAUAUUUAAUUCUUUUAAUAAUAGAUUGCCAUAAACAAAAAAAAAAUAAAAAAAUAAGUGAGUCCUUAUUUCUAGUAAUUUCCAUUUGAGCAAUGACAAUGAUACACGGGAUCUCAUAUUGUAAUGUUUUUAAUAAUUUACAUAAAAAUGAAAUUAAAUACCAUGACCUAUAACGUGUUUGGUGAGUUUGGUAUUAUAUAAUGCUGAGGUAAGUUCCCA